AAAAUCCCACCAAAUCAGGAAACAAUAAUGGAUUUGCUCGGUUCUAUUCUUGGUUCAAUGGAUAAACCACCGUCCAGAGAUAAGAAGGAAAAAGAAAUGAUCGAAAAACAGAAAAAGGAGAUUGAGAUGCUGAAAAAUAAGGAACGAGACGAACUGAACCGCUUCCGGAGAUACGCGGAGGAGCGUUUGGCAAGGCUCGUCAAGGAUCCUGUCCGGCAGUACAUGGAAUUUCAACCAUUGGACAAAGUUCACCGUUCGGUGGUACAUGAUAUAGCGGAGAUCGGUGGGUUGGUUGCGAUGAGCUUCGGAGUCGAGGGCGUCGAUCGGUACAUUGUGGUGUACAAGAAGGAACAUUUACCGUCCGAGGACGAAUUGGCAGCUCGCCGGAAUGGCGAUCCAUGGAACAAGCAAACUGCUGCCGAGUACGCUGAGAAACGCAAACACCAGAAAUGGUUGGAGGAUGAACGACAGCAGGUCGGGUCGGAUAAAGAGAGCGUAAUUGUGGUGCCUCCUACCAACUAUAAGGAUAAGUACGUUCACCUGAUUGGCCAAGAAUCGGCACUGGAAGCGGCCAAAAAGACGGAGUCGAACAAGUCCUACGGUUAUGUUCCCAGUGAGAAUAAGCGAGAUAUCCGUUCGAUCGAACAAACGAUGGCCGACAUACAGGCGAAAAAGAAGUUAAAGGCUCAACAUGCUAGCACUACGAGCGACACGAUUAAGCCGGAACCGGCCGAGCCGACUGAGUAGGCGGCCGGCUG